AUGGCGGAGGCGGGAAAAGCGUCUGGAGGCCUCGGGCUCCCUGGAGGAGGGGCGGCCCAGUGGUCUCUGCAGCGGUAUGGUCGCUACAUGCUCUCAGGCACCGGAGAGUUGCCCGGGCCUGGCCUGGAAGCUGGGACAGCCUCCUCCCCCACGUGGAAGGUUUUUGAUUCCAAUGAAGAAUCUGGAUAUCUUGUUCUCACCAUAGUUAUAUCAGGUCAUUUCUUCAUUUCCCAAGGACAGAUGCUACUGGAAGGGUUUUCACUCAUUGGUAGCAAGAAAUGGUUGAAGAUUGUAAGACGCAUGGACUGUCUGUUGUUUGGAACAACGAUAAAGGACAAGAGUCGCAUGUUUCGAGUACAGUUUAGUGGAGAGUCAAAGGAGCAGGCGCUGGAACACUGCUGCAGUUGUGUGCAAAACCUGGCCCAGUACGUGACCGUUCAGGUGCCUGAUGGAAUCAUCCAGGAGCUUCGGCCCAGUGCUGGCCCACUACGGGUAAGUGAAAGCCAAGGGCAGGACCCUGCCAAGAGCGUCCCAUCACAGCACCAAUCCCACCAGCACCCAGAGGAACAGGCGCGUGUAACAGCCGGCACAGGCACUCCAGAGGGAAGGACCUCAGUGACACAGUUAGCUCAGUCUAUCCUGGCAUCGGAGGAGCUGCCCCUUGUCUAUGAACAAUCUGCAUGGGGCGCAGGAGAGUUAGGCCCCUUUCUACGCUUGUGCCUCAUGGAUCAGAAUUUCCCAGCAUUUGUGGAAGAGGUAGAAAAGGAACUCAAAAAGCUGACAAUGUUGAGAAAUUAA